UAUGGUGCAGCGGCUGAGCCUGCGCGCUCGCUGACAACGUCGAGGUGUGACAGACACAGACAACAUGGCGGCCUCCAUCAUGUACAGCCGGCUGUCAGCGGGACUGAGGAGCCGGGCGCCCCGGGCCGCCCUCGGCUCUGCCGUUCAGGUGCUCAGUGGAUUUCCUGGACUUUUUGGUGGCCAUGGCUUGCAAGCACAACAGCAGAGGAACCUUUCACUGCAUGAGUAUCUUAGCAUGGAUCUGUUGAAAGAUGCUGGAAUUGCCACACCAAAGGGAUUUGUUGCAAAAACACCAGAGGAGGCUUAUUUAGUUGCAAAAGAAAUAGGUUCGAAAGAUCUGGUUGUAAAAGCGCAAGUGCUGGCUGGUGGCAGAGGUAAAGGUACCUUUGAAGGUGGUCUUAAAGGAGGAGUGAAGAUUGUUUAUUCUCCGGAAGAAGCCAAAGACAUUUCCUCACAAAUGAUUGGGAAGAAACUAUUUACAAAGCAGACAGGAGAAAAGGGCAGGAUAUGCAAUCACGUAUUUAUUUGUGAGCGACGAUAUCCCAGGAGGGAGUACUACUUUGCAAUCACCAUGGAGAGAUCUUUUCAAGGUCCUGUGCUGAUUGGAAGCUCCCAAGGAGGUGUUAAUAUUGAAGAUGUUGCUGCUGAGAAUCCAGAUGCCAUUUUAAAGGAGCCCAUUGAUAUUGUGGAAGGUAUCAAGAAAGAGCAGGCUGCCAGGCUUGCUGAGAAAAUGGGCUUCCCGGCAAAUAUAAUAGAUGAGGCUGCACAGUGUAUGGUCAAUCUGUAUAAUCUGUUUAUGAAAUAUGAUGCCACAAUGGUGGAAAUAAAUCCAAUGGUGGAAGAUUCAUCAGGAAUAGUUAUGUGCAUGGAUGCAAAGAUCAAUUUUGACACUAAUGCAGCAUAUCGCCAGAAGGAAGUGUUUGAUCUCAGGGACUGGUCACAAGAAGACGAACGAGACCACCAAGCAGCAAAGGCUGACCUCAACUACAUUGGACUGGAUGGCAACAUUGGAUGUCUUGUGAAUGGAGCUGGUUUAGCAAUGGCUACAAUGGAUAUAAUAAAACUUCAUGGAGGAACACCAGCAAAUUUCCUAGAUGUUGGAGGAGGUGCCACGGUUCACCAAGUAACAGAAGCAUUUAGACUAAUUACGUCUGAUAAAAAGGUUCUAGCUAUCCUGGUUAAUAUUUUUGGUGGCAUUAUGAGAUGUGAUGUUAUUGCGCAAGGCAUCAUAAUGGCUGUGAAAGACCUUGAACUGAGGGUGCCUAUUGUCGUCCGUUUGCAAGGUACAAGGGUUGAUGAUGCCAAAGCACUGAUAACUGCCAGCGGUCUGAAAAUUCUUGCUUGUGAUGACCUUGAUGAAGCUGCAAAAAUGGUUGUAAAGCUUUCAGAAAUCGUAUCAUUGGCAAAACAAGCACAAGUGGAUGUGAAAUUCCAGUUACCAAUCUAAAGCUUCCCAAAAAGAAUUUUGUUGAAUUUGAACAUUUUUUGUGGUUUUUUUUUUUCUCUCUCCUUUUUCUUUCUAGACUUUAAUUAAAUGCUUUAUGACUGUAAAAUAGUUUGUGUUUAAACUGAGUUGCUGCUCUUUAAAUCAUUGUCACUUUACAUAUGUAUUGGAACUGUUUUUACAUUCUAGACUAGUUAUUCAUCACAUUGCAUCGCGUUGAAGCCAACUGCUGUAUCGUAAUUAUCAGACAUGCAUUCAUGUAACAGACAUUCUGUGACUGCUUGUUAGCUACAUGCAUCUUUAAAUGUAUUAAUGUGUGUGGCAGAAUAGAUAAUCAUAUGACACUUAUCGAUUAUAGAAUAUCAGAUCAGGAUGAUACUUUUGAAAGCCACUAUAGUAAUGGUGUUUUCAUAUUCGAAACGGGAAUAUGUGGUUCAUUUAAAUAGUACAGUCCUAAAUUGUGGCUUAUGGUUAAAGGAGACGUAUGACUAGAACUUUCUGCUUCAUUGGCCUAUAAAUAAUACCCCAGUAUUGGGAAUCUUAGUGGGAGGCUUCGGUAGAGUUAAUGGCUACCUGCACUACAUGUUGUGUGUAAAUGUGGUCUAUUAUACAUAGCAACACUCCAUCAAAGAUUACCACCUGUCUGUUAUUCUUCCAUGAAGUUAGGUAUACAAUUUGUACCUAAUAUGUUACUUAAUAUAGUCUUAAUUAAGUAACCUAUUGUUUAAGCAAAAUGGGUAUGAAAGGUACAGCCAGCAGGAAAAUUGGGUCUUGUAAGUUGUUAACACAAAAUAAAAAUAAAAACUAUUUUAAGGUCUUGUCAACAGUUCAUUGUUUCA